UCCUGUCCUAGAUACUACAGUUGUGCUGUUGGGAAACAUCAACAUAGUAACCCGGGGAGGGAGACUUCAAAGGCAGCUCUGGGUGACUCUUUGAAAUACAUAUGCCUCUCAAAUUCGGCAUCUUUUAGCACUGAAAGCGCCAGAGUAUUUCUAAAUUUCUCAUUUGGAGAAACUUGUAGUUUAUUUGGCACAGCUGUUGGUAAGCUUUAUUGCUAAUGUCAGCUGGCUAAUGCUAACGUUAGCAAACAGAUAACGGCGAAACUGAGGAAGUGCAAAGAAGUUCUUAACAUGAGGACAUCGGCGACAAACUGGACUUCUAGACACACGACAUCGUUGCCCUAAGGUGAAAGGGAGAAAUGAGGAGGGGCAGGAAGACUGAUGGGCCUCCGAAAAGCUUAACUCAGCUGUUUACUGAUAACAAUAUCACCACAGAAUUAACAACUGCAUGGAGAGGUUUGGCUCAGUCCAAAGCUGGUCUUAGACGCAUAGAAAACCACAUCGAAGCCUCUUCUGGAAGUGGUGUUCUUCUGGACUCUAUAGCUGUUUCCCCAAAGAGGAAAUCUCCAAGAAAAGUAAACAGUGAUGCAGAUCAAAUCGCUCACCCCGGAGAAUCCUCAAAACCCAGAGCGAGGAGUCAGCAGAGCCCAGCAAAGAGCAGCUCACGCAGCCCUUUGAGAAAUGCCACUCAAGACAGCAAUGUGCGAAAGACCAGCAGUGUGGACUUUAAGGAGCCAUUGGUUGCAGAUAGAGAGCCCAUGCCCCCACCACAUACCAUCUCUCAGCUGGAAACCGGCAAUCCUCCAUCAGUGCCAGGGUCUUUACAGCCGUCCUCUUUGCCUCACUCAGAUUGUGCGCCCAGCCAGCAGACAAACAAACAAGCUGUUAAAGACAUGGACGGCACACACUCUUCAGCCCCGGAGAGCGCCGAGGUGCGUUACCUAAAUGACCAGCCAGCCCUGGGUGUUCUCAAGAACCAAGAAAGAACUUUCAGAGCAGAAUUCAGGAACAGCAAAGAGUCAAGUCCAUUAGCUUCCAAUCCAGGGUCUUCACGCCAAGGGGAGAGCACUCCUUCCUCGAGCCCCGGCUCGGCCUCCCAGCGUUUGGAGAACCUGAGGCGACAUCAGCCAGAUGAUAAGCUGGAGAAGCUCAAAGAGCGCAUUCGAAGGCAGAGGCAACAUCUGGAGGAGGCGGCAGAAAGAGAAAAGCUCCAGGGUCGUCUGGAACAGCCUAUAGUGACAUCUGUGGGGAACAACAUGCCCACAGCCAAAGUACGCAAAGUGGCAGUUGCCCCUCCCGCUCCAAUAUAUAAAGGUUUUAACAAUGUGGAGACAAAGAUUCGGACCCCCGAUGGGAAAGUUUUGAAGGAAGAAGAGUUCCACCACCUCAGUAGGGAGAUCUACAGAGACCUGUCCCGUCAGUUAGCAGAGACGACCCGCCAACGGCAGAGGGAACAAAAAGGAGAGAAGUCCAGAGACAGGAAAUCGCCCAAACCAGUUAGGAAGGUCCAUAGACUCGGUUCUGACUCUGUUUCCAAAGCAGUAAUUAGUCCAGCGUCGUGGCGGGAGGGUCAAAAGCUGGUAAAGAUGGUACUGGGUCCAGUUCCCAAGGCGCCCAGAGAAGAGGCCCCCAGCAGUUCAGCUGACAGACGGAGUGGAACAGCUUCCCGUCAUCACUCUGAGGCACAUUUAGAACCAAGAAGGAGCUCUCCCCAAAACAGCACACAACACCCACAAAGAGGACAUCAAACUAAACCCAGGACCCAGGAGGAAACUCUGGACGGGACGCCUCUGGGUGUGAACACUAGCCUGUUGUCAGCUGACAUCCAGGGCAUACUUGAUGAUCUCCAGCUGGAUUGCAAAGCUUCAGAGAAGGAACAGAGAGCACGUAAAAGCUCCCGAGGUAGAACUAGCAACAGGAGAGGGGGACUAUCUCAAACAAGGACACCCGUUUCUGCCUGGGGUGCUCCUGUUGCAGCAAAUCCCUGCCCGAGGACGAGCCGCAGCGCCAGCCCUGUUACACGACGGCCAGACAGCACCAGCAUCACUGACAGAGGCCACAAGAAGCGGCAUUAUGACGCAGAUGCAGUUCGACAGUAUAUUGCACGACAGCAAGACGAGAGGAAGAAGCGACAGGCGGCGCAGAAAAGGGCACAAAUGGAGGAAGCGGAGAGAAAAAAUCAGAGGUUGAAGGCGCUGUACGAAAAGCAAAGAGAAGUGGCUAAAACGCUUUCAGCUGAGGCAUCUGUGGCUCCUGUUCAAAAGCGAUUACAGGAGACCUACACCAAACUGAUGCUGGAGGAGGCUCAGCUGGGAGAGGAGGCCUCACAAGAUGAUCGCUCCACUCAAAUGGGAUUGGAAAGGAUGCCCAUGUACCAGCCUUCAGGAGAGUCUGACAAGGAGAACAAAAGACUAGAAGCUCUACAGAGCCCCUCAAGCAGUGAUAAGUCUUUAAAUGAUUUACCACCACCUCGUUUAUUUAGGAAUGAUCUUGAGGCAGGAGUUUCCACUUUCCCUCAACCAGACCCUUUAAAUGCGGCAGUUCAACGUGUGACUGGUCCCGACAGCCACGCCCCCACUGCUUCAAACGAGCAUCUCCUCUCUCAGCUUUUAAGGCUGGAGGCCGCAGUAGCUGCUAGUAACAUGAAGCACACCACACCGCCAGCCGCAGCAGCCUCUUCCACCAAAUCGCCGUCCAAAAUGUCACGCAUUGAAGCCUUGAAGGCCACGGCAGCUUCCCUCUCCAGUCGUAUUGAAAGUGAAGCACGGAAGCUUGCCGGGCAGGGGAUCAACUACGGCGCCACGACUUCAUUAGAUGUUGAUGCCAUUUUGGCCCCCGGAACUUCUAAUGUGGAAUUUCGGGGCUGGAAAGGAACGGUUCCUUACUCUUCAGAGAACCCCGCAUCUCCGAGGACCCAGAGGAUUUUAUCAAGCCCAGGUCAUAGGUCGUACAGUGACAACGUUCUUCCAGGAGUUGGGAAUCUGCAUGACUUUAGGGAAAAUAAAGAAAUAACCCACAAUGGUUUGACAAAUGUGCACAGACGUUCUCCUGAUGUAGAAGAGUCAGCCUUUAACAGUUGCAUACAAAAAAAGAGGAGAACCGUUGGUGGUCUGGAAAUGGAGGAAAGAACAAACAAUGUAGGACCUCAAACUGCAUCUAACAACCAGGAGAUUCCAACAAAUGUUCAUGAUUCCAGUGCCGGCUCCAUCAGUGAGGGGCCUCUUCUAAGUGAAGGGAGUUUUUCUGACGAGGAAAUUUUCCCUCCGCGACACCCCAGCAGGAAUGUGCCCAAACCCGACUAUCUGAAGGCAGCAGACCACUAUGCCGGUCAGAAAAGGGGAAACCAGCGGCUGCUGGAGUUUCAAAGAGAGGCGGCCAUGAGCUCUGCCCUGAGCCCGCCACAACGGGAGAGCAGCAAUGCACACUGGGAAGAGCUGAACAAAGGCAGCCCUCUAAGUGUCAUCAACAUUUUCACCAGAAAUCUUCAAGUGAACGAGAGGAAUGUGGAGCCAAAGUCUCCCCACGCCAGUCCUUUGCAUUCUGAUAACGGCCGUGGAAGUCCUGCAGUUUAUGAAGAGGACUUUGUUUCAUCGCAAAGCAGCAAAGCCAGUGACCAGAUGAAGAGAGUAUCCAACUCAUCCAGCACAAAGAACCACUUAGAUGAGCUGAUGAGAAGAUACCCGUAUGACAGAGGUGUGGGAGGUUCUGCUGCCCACUCCCCCCAUCGCUCCUCCGGUUCAGCAUCUGCCUCUUCACCUUCAAGGCAGCCGACCAAGCAAAGAAGAAUGGUGUCAGAUCAGAGUGACAACACUCUGGUAGGAGAGCAGAGGAGCUGGUGCUCCACGCCAUCAGAGGCAUCUGACGCAAGAAAAAGAGGUUCUGCUGACUCCCAGAGAGUCCCAUCUCAGGACACUUUCGGGGGAGGUAACGGCCCCUCCCCAGAAAGGUCUUCUUAUUCCGGCUCUCCAAAUUCCUCCUCUCAACUCGGGUUGGACUCCUCAAACGAAGCAGCAGAACGCGGACGUCUGCCUGCAGACCAUUCAAAGCUGGGACCCUCUGUAUCAAAUGGUGAUCUCCAGUACUCGCCUGCUGUUCUGCAGCAGCGUAUGGCAGCGGAGCUCCAGUACUUGGAGUCCAUGCAGAAUUCAAUCCUGCAGCUGGGGGAUGUGGAGCGGCUGAUGGGCGUGUCCAUGGCACAACAGGAAAGCGCGUCAUUGGCCCAAAUGUUAAAGGUGAAACAGCAGCGUCAUGAACGGGAACUUUAUGAGUUGAAGAUCAAAGCAGAACGAGAAGCUCUAGAGGCAAAACUACAACUGGAAGAAAACAGACAACAAGUGGCCAGGGCACAUAUAGAACUGCAGGAAAGCUUGGCAGCAUCUCAGAAAGAAGCUUUGGAAGGCCUCCAGGAAUCAACGUCUAAGAUGAUGAGCCAACAGGCUGAGGCAGCACAGCACACAGCGGAUGCUGCUCGAAACAUUAAGGAGAUGGCUGAACUGGCCCGCUCUCAGAUAGUGGGAACUUUAAACCCUCCUCCUGUUGCUGUGGGGUCAGACCAGCAGGAUCAACAGAGAACCUCCCACUGUAAAAAGCAAGAAGACAAGAGUGACUGUGACAGUUUUCAGAGUGAGGUGUUGAGCAGGAGGAGCGGGUCUGAGGUUCCCCUGUCUUCAAUGAACAGUCUCAGUCAUUCGGACUCUUUCAGAGGAACUCAUCUCAGGGGAGCGACCUCGAGCAGCAGUCGCCGUAGUUCAUCACGCCACAGAGAGGCGACAAAGACGGAGACGGGGAGACAGAUGACUGCGGGAGCUGACAGGGAGGAUGCAGCCAAUAGCUCGAUUGAGGAAAACAUUCCUGGAGCCACAAAUGACUCCCUCUCCAGUGGCAGCAUUCCUUCUGCGGGGGACGAAAGAGCGGACAGUACAUCAGUCGCCACGGAGUACUCGCUUAAGUUUGACGAGCCCAUGACAGAAGACGAGAUAGAGGAGCGCUCCUUUCGUUCCGUGUUGCCGUCGGAGUCGCAUCGCCGGGGAACUAUUGAGAAAAAAUCCCAUCACCUGGAUGAGUGGGAGGAUGAUGGAGGAAGUCACAAUGCGACCCUGGUCUCAGGGACGGCGUCGCACAACACUCUCAAGACCCCAGAUGUGCACAUCACCUUUUCUGGUGGGCAGGACAGUUUCUCUCAGUUCACCAUGGACAUGGUGCGUCAGUACAUGAAGGACGAGGAGGUCAGACUCCAACAUCAGAGCUCUUUGCUGCAUCUCCGCCAGAAAGCUCUCAAGGAGAAGACCAAAACGGAGCUGGCCUGGCUGGAGCUUCAGAAAAAGAGACUCAGGGACAAAGGAGAAGAUGAUAAAAUGCCCCCCAUCAGGAAAAAGCAACGAGGACUUCUAAUGAAGCUGCAACAAGAGCAGGCUGAGAUCAAGCGGCUCCAGGAGGCCAACAGGGCAGCCAGGAAAGAAAGGCAGUUGUUGCUGAAACAGCAGCAGGAGAUCGAACGAAUGAGAAAUUCAACACUCCGACUAAAAGAACGUCUGAAAUGUGCAGAGUGGAAAGGUCAACCUGAGAGUCCAAUACUAGAACAUCUAGACUCUGAGGCGGCCUCCUCCAACGUGAGCCUGGCAGCAGACGCCCGCAGCCCGUCUCCUUCACAUUCAGUGUCUGGAAGUGAGACCAGCAGCAUCAUGCAGAAGCUGAAGAAAAUGCGUUCUCACACCGAUGAAAAACACAGCUCUCCUGUCCACCUCUUCUUCUCUGUGUUCACGGCCCAAAACUGGGCUUCCCUCAGUGUCUGUCUUCCCACCCUGCACCCUAAAAUCCAGCUUUUUAUCUACAAGCAGUUGAUCAGAUUCUUGACCAAGCGAGAGCAGCAGCUGAUGCAAAGGCGUCACCAUGCCGAAGAGCUGCUGCAGUGGAAACAGAGGUUGGACCAGGAGGAGGCAGAGGUCCGAAGGAUGGAGAAAGAAGCGCUGGCGGUUUGGGAACAGAAGCGACUUUUGGAAAAAGAUCUGAAGAAGUCAGAGGUUGAAGAAGAGGAAAUCCCUGAAACCGCUUCUCAGCCUGAUUCCCCCCAAGGCCCAGAGCCUCAAACUGAUGUUCAUAAAGGAUUUAACAGGGAAGGAGACAGUUCAACAACAGUUGACUCCAUAGUACACACAGAGGGAACGUGGACCCAGAAACCAGGAAGUCCGUCUUCAACGUUUCCUGUUUCAGACCUAAAAACACCUUUGACCUCAGCGCAGAGCAGCCCUGCAAAUGACUCACAAGACUUCACCUCAGCCUCACGUCUUCAUAGUAGACAGUCUUCCCCACACAAAGGCUGCCACAGCCCUGCUGCUUCUCCUACAAUCACUCCACGUCUCCCCCAGACAGCCAGUGAGGUUUUCACUCAGCCCCCUGACUCCUCCAGGCCCACUCAGUCUGACAACAUUUCCGACCAGAGCGACAUCGAGAGCCGGAUCAAAGCCCUGAAGGAGGAGCUCAGAAAACAAAAGCUUAUGGCCUUCCAGCUGAAGAAAGAGCAGAAGAAACGUCACAUAGAACGGCUGAAGGCAGAGGAAGCAAGUUUGUUAAAACAACUAGAGACUUACAACAACUUCAUUGAGAAAACAAAGGCAGAACUAAGCAAAGAGUCUGAUUCAACCCCUGAGAUCAAAGAUUCAAACUCCAAUUUAGAGGCAUCAUCUGCUAAACCACCUUCCUGCAGGCCAGAAACGGGCAAAAGCUCUGAAGGAAUCAAUGAAUCAGAAGAUCACAACACUUUUCAUGAGGAAGAUGGUCACAGCUCUCCGUCGGUGGAGGAAGACUUGUCUGUGGAGGAACGAGCAGCCUCUCCUGCGCAGCCUGACCGGCCUACAACGCCAAAGAGGCAGCAGUCCGAGGAACCGGCCUCUGAUGUUCAGGAAGAGCUGGAAUUCAGUUCCAGACCUGACCAUGAACUUUCUCAACAGUUGUUCAGACUCAGUCAGGAAGAGGAACGUGGUUCUCCAGAGAAGUUUCCUACAGCGGAUCAAGUCUGCUCUUCCAUGAAGGGAGAAGAAAGCCCUCCUGAAACCAUUGUCACGCCGGAACAAAGUCAACCAACGAAACGCAAUGAGACUUCUGAACAGGUUUCAACUGUUUCUGCUUCUGUUCAGCAUCCCUCAUCUGCAGAUGAUCUCAAACCCGUCUCUGUCACCUUUUCAAAGAGGAGCGAGUCUUUGAAGGAUGCCGAGGCUUCGUCCAGAGCAGACGGCUAUCACGACGACUUUGAGUCGGCCGGUACUUCGGCCAGGGAUUCUCCGUCUGGAAUCCAGGGAUCAAGCAAAGACUCCACGAAUGACAGUCAAGACAGUGUUGGAGAGGAGGAAAUAUUCGAGGAGCUGAGUCAGCAUCCUCUUGAGAGUGAAGACAGUCACUCGUCUGGAAGAUUGCUAGACAUUUACCAGGGAAAGCACGGUCCAAGUCAGGAGACAAAAAGUGUCAAUUCUAGCCAUGCCCCGCCCAUUUCUCCUCAGCAGACCCCUGCUGUCAGCGCCGGAGAUGGAAUGCCAAGUUUUAACAUUGGAGAUCGGGUUCUUGUUGGUGGCGUUCAGCCUGGAACUCUACGCUUCAAAGGGCCGACCAGUUUUGCUAAUGGUUUUUGGGCGGGCGUGGAGUUAGAGCAGCCUGAAGGGAGCAACAACGGCACAUACGACGGGGUGGUAUAUUUUGAAUGCAAGGACCGCCACGGGAUCUUUGCUCCUCCAGACAAAAUCACGCACUUCCCCAACAAGUUUGAGCCCUACAACGAUGCAACAGAGGACGAAGACUCAUUCUCUGGAGAUUUCUCCAAUGAAGGGGACCAGAAAAACAAAACAAGCGCAGACUCUUCUGAAAGACCAGGACACCCCAAAAGUGAAAAUGCUCCAUCUGUUUGUGAAGACGCUGGAUGUGAAAAUAAGAAGAAACGUUCCCACCUCACUUCACCGCACACUGAUGAGGCGGGUCGUCCGGUCUCUAAUGGCAACACUGCAGACAUCAUUCUGGACUUCCAGGAUCCAUCCCAUCCUCUCAUCGUCUCAGAUGUAGAUAAAGCAGAGCAGAUAAAGGAGGCAGACCGUAAAACCAGAAACCUGUUUGAGAACAGAGAUGUCUCCCAGACGGGAAUAAAAAACCAUCAGCAGGUCAGCAGAGAUCAGCAGGGGAAACAGGCGGUGGACACGUUUGCAGAUGAGCUGCUCAAAGAUUUCCUGGAACGCACCGUCGAGCAGUUUUCUGAAAUCAAAAAGGUUAAAGAGCAGAAGAUCAUCGCUGCUAACCAGAUGCACGACGACAAUAAGGAGGAAGGAAAACGGACGGUUGAACAAAAAGAUGGUCUGCCCUUCUUUCUACCCGCUGAGCAGGAAGAACUUUCCUCUCCAGAACUCUGGAACAAAUCUGAGAGCCCGGUGUUGGGAGCCAGCGGUCAGGAGGAGCUCGCCAAGCGGCUGGCAGAGCUGGAGCUGAGCCGGGAGCUGCUGGAAGACCAAGGUGAUGACCAGGACUGGUUUGACGAGGACUUCGGCCUCAGCUCACGCAGAAAGCAGAUCCUUAAAGAAAAAGAAGAAGCUGCAAAUCUAGGAGGUGAACUUCCCUCAUCAGCGGGGCCAGCCAUGGGGACCACGCCAUCAGUGGGCGGGGAGGGGAAAACUCCUCUACGACCCGAGCUGCCCCCGCCUCCAAAACUCCCUGAGCAGCCUGCGAUGGUUGUUCCCCACUCAGUCUCUGAGGUGGGGAAAAUGGUCCACGCCGCCACACGAGAGAUUUGGGAGGCUUGCGGCCUGGGAAAAGGCGGAGCGCUGCUCGAUUCCCAGACGCCAAUCCCAACGCCUUCCCUGGAGUAUCUCAGUGAUGAGUCAUGCAAGCAGGAGCAAGAGGCCGUCUCCAUCCGGAGCUACAAACAGGCGGUGUUUGACCUGACAUGGGAGAUAAUCCAGCAGAUUUAUGCCAAAGAUCCCGUUACCGAUCAGCCUCAGUGGGUCAAACCUCGCCAGUUCAAGUCUUCCUCCAUUUACCAAGUUAAGACGUCUGGAGACGUCAACAAAAUCCAGGAAUUUGUCACAGCAGAAAUACUGAAACUGUUUGGUCUGAAGCAAGACCAGAACCAGAAGACGGACUGGCAGAAGAUGCUGAAGUUUGGCAGGAAGAAGCGGGACCGAGUCGAUCAAAUACUGGUUCAGGAGCUUCAGGAAGAGGAAGCUCAGUGGGUCAACUACGAUGAAGACGAGCUGUCUGUCAAGAUGCAGCUGGCUGACUCCAUCUUUGAUGCUCUGCUGAAGGACACUGCAGAAACCUUCACGCGGAUCUUUGAGAAGAGGCCCGCCGUGGUGUCCGGGUCCACGUGAAGCAGAACCUCUGGCUCCGUGUGGGCAGAAGCUAAUAAACCUCAGACCAGCCUUUCUGAACCACCGGAACCGGUCCUUUUGGAACCACCAGCUGGAGGAGCUGGGAAUGAUGGGAUGUACUGAGCCGUUUGAAUUGUAAUGUCCAUGAAUGCUGCUAAGCUCGUUGUUCUGUCGUGGAUUUGGCGUCCACAUCCGCUGAUUGGCCACUUUUCUCUGAAAUCUUUAAAAAAAGACUCAAAUUGUAACAGAUGAAGAAUUCUAUAGUGCAAUCUGUGAUUUGCUAGCAAAGCUAACAAGUGACUUUUGUGUUAGUUGUUAUUUAUAACCGUUGGAUUGAUUGGUGGGGGGGUGACUCUCAGGAUAGUUUGGCUUUAGCAUCAGUAUUCUCUCACAUUUUCUAGCCUUUUAGGAGCACGUUGGAGAACUCUGUGCCCAUAAAGCCUCCAGACCCGGCAGACCAGACUGCACUAGAGCUCCAGAAAACACACAUUUAUAGACCGGUUUGCCUUUAAAUGAUUGAUCCUGAGGAAACGCGUUAUUACAGUAGAACAUUCAGAUCACAAAGGAAUUUAUUGGAACAUUUUCCAAAUAUCUAAGCACAAAAUGUGACUUAGGCAAUAUCAUGAAAUGCACAAACCAGAAAGACACCCGGAGGAGUUUGUGUGUUCAGAGACUUUUGGUCCCGCUGGACGUUCACCAUCUGUGUUUGUCAAAAAUACUCUCAAAUUAUUUAACUUGUAGGACGGUUUUAGGAGCAGUAAUUCUGGGUUUUAUGCAAACCUGCAAUCUUUGUAGUUGUUGUUAAUCUCUACAAAUCCGGCAGAAUCUGAUCACUUCUGAAUGUUUUUGAAGCACAUGGAGGUCUUGAAGCGUUUUCUGGAACGCAUGACUGUGAUUGGCUGGAUGUCUCUCCACCAGGACGGCACUGGAAUGCUGGCUUUUAGUGCUCCUUCUCCCACAUGGACCAGCAGCUGCAGGUCUGUGGAGCUCCAUGCUGCCCCUCCGCCUGCUGCUGUGGUGCGUCCGGCUCUCUCAGCGAGUCCAAGCGCCCCUUCUGGUGUUGGGAUCCAGACCCCAGGGGCCGACGCUCUCCUUCUUCCAUUCAAGUGCCUCCUAUCCAAGUUUGUUGAUGUUCUGACAUCAUCUGGACCUGUUUGGAUGUCCUAUGUUUUUGUAAAUGAUCUUCCUCACGCCUGCUCCUCUUCUUCACCGUCUGCUCCUUCUUCCAUUUCUGCCUUAUUUCCUUUUUUUGAAUCAUAGUCGUUUUUUAUAACCUACAUUUCUGUUUAUGUUCCUGCUUUGUGUUAAUCAGAGCAAAUACAGUUCUGGUAUUUUCCCCUCUGGGUUUGUGAACAUCCGACUCCUCCAUUGUAGGUUUUCUAACAGAACCGGAUCCGAGCUUCGCAUCAGGUCCCACAGAGAACUGAUUUAGUCCAGAACCACGGAGCUCCAUUCUGACUGUUGGGGCUGAAGUGACCUUAAACUGUUUUUUUUUUCCAUCUCGUUCUCCUGGUUUCUGUUCAGCCUGCUCACUAAAUGUCAAACGGUGAUGGCAGCAUCUUCAAAGGCAAAUGUAGGUUUUCCUGUUCCUCUUAACUAUGCAGUUCCUGCUCAUUCUGGGUGUUUUUGUGGAUGGACCGAACGGCUGUGACCGGCUGGACUCAAAGCUGGGAUGGAAUUGCCCCCAUUUAACUCUUAGGUCUUUUUUUCCCCCACAUGAACUGGAGCAGCGGCUCCUAAACUCCAACCAGAGUAGAAAGUUUUUACAAAGCAGACAGAGAAUAUUUAUCACAGGAACCUCGUCAGGCUGGAUUUCCUUCCCGACCCUCUCAAAUGUUGAUGAAUAUUUAUAAUGAUCUCUGGUGGGGGUGGGGGGGGGCGUGUACAAUUCCUUUAUUGCUGUAAAUAUACUGUUUUUCCUAUUUGACCCACUGUUACCGUCACCAGAUGUGGCUGUUGAAAUGAAAACACUGUUUACUUUGCAAAUAUGUACAUAGUAUAUAUUUGUUAACUGAAUGAAAUUUGAAACUGUAAAUAAAUAAAGGAUGAUGGAUGACG